AGAGUACGCGGUGCCGCUGUACGUAAUGCGCGGCAAAAAGUAAUGGGAGGGAGGGUACCUCACACACCGCCUGAUUGCGCCCGUCUAAAAUAAAUGUAUCCAAUGUUUCCCUGUUGUAUUUAUAAAAUGGCGGCGGUUUGAAUCCCCAGUCAUAGGAAAGUCCGGCAGCAGUAACACCUCAUUAAAUACACAAGGGGUCGGACAGUCUGCGAGAGAUUCACAUUUGAUCUCACAGACCGUCACUGCCGCAGUGAAUGUGCAUUUUCAGUGAAGCAGUUAUGUCAGGCCUGUGUGUGUGUGUGCCUCUCCCCUCCCUUUCCCCCAGUCACACUGCGCUUUCACUUUCCCUAUUGCUCACUCCUGUGCAGCUCUGGGGCGUAAAGGGACUCGUGGGCCAGGUCCAAGCUGUGAAGGAUGGAUAACCUCAGUAAUGAAGGGACCCACAGAAGAAGUAACUUUACAGUUGGAGAGAGAUUGAUCUCCUGCCUCUCAGUGGUGUUGUUCCUAUCGCUUUUGCCUUUUAGCGUCAUAGGGGCCUUGGUCUACUUUGCUGCCCGCUGGAUAUGUGGUUCUUCCCUGUCCAGGUCCAGACCCUCCCUGUCUGUGACCGUUUUCUCCCGUUCGGCCCAGACUAACUACGCUUGGUUUCUAGCGCAACUCAAAGGAGAGACCUUCAAAGACCUUGUGACAGAGGCAAAGCCCUUUUAUAUAUCCAAUAGCAAUCGUUACGAGUUCAUGGACGAGAUGUACAAAUGCAAUUUUGCUGUUCUCUAUCACACAAAAAAUCACGGGAGGAUAAAUAUCACAAAUGUAACGGAUUCUCUCUACGAUGAAGAACUGAAGAACCUUUCUGAUGCUUUAGGGAAAGAGAAAGUCAUUGUGCUGAUUGAUGAUCUUGACAAGAGCGGGUAUGGAGAGAAGAUGAGGAUCCUGGAGAUGCAGCCUGAUAUUAAGGAUCUGGCUCAGGAUAUGUUCCUCAUCAGCAUGGCAGAGAAGGACGAUCCCAAACUGAUGGAAGACAGGUUACAUCACAUCAAGCUUAUCAUGUCCUCAGGGCCCGGAGCCGCGGCAGGUCCUAUUCAUGAAAGUAAUUUGUGUACUUAUUUGUUCUCCAUGAUUGCCUGGCUCAGUAACAGUAUUGUGUAUAUUAUGAGCGUAUCCAGCUGGCAACACAGCCUCAGCAUGUGCCAGUGUUUCAGAAGGAAGGGUGCUCUAUCUGAGGUAAAGUUAAACUGUCAUCCUCCCCUGCUCGUUUAACCCCAGCACUUCCAGAUCUGCCCAGAAAUCCAAAUCGGAGAGUACUCCCUGUAUAUAUACUGUAUAACCUGUUCCCUGUUGGGGGGGGGGUACGGAUCACAGCGGAACAGCAGGAGAAAGACCUGGAUUUGUGUUCUCUUUUUAUUGCACUAUUGUUUUUAAUUGGAAUAAUGAAGUUUUAGGUUAUGGCAAAAUGUAAGAGAAGAGGAAAUAAAAUCACUGACCCCAUAAUUAUGCAGCCAUAUUGGAGGUUUAUAUAGUGAAUAAAGUAACUGCUAUUGUAAAAUUAGGGAUGCACCCCGAAUUUCGGUUCGGGAUUCGGGCAGAAUCCAGGCUUUCUUUGAAGGAUGCGGUUUCGGCCGAAUCCACGGUCCCGGCCGAACUGAAGUAGCAAAAGCUAAUUAGCAUUUGGAAAGGGUUAAAUGGUCAGGGGACAAAUUGUAUUAACCCCUUCCGAUUCGGGUUUGAUUCGGGAUUCGGUAGAUUCCGUCAGGAUGGGUUUGGGGGUUCGGGCGAACUUAAAAAAGUGGGUUCGGUGCAUCCCUAAUAUGCUCAUUUAUGCCAUGGAUUUGGCCGAAACCGAACCCUGCCAAAAAAGGCCGAAUCCCGAACCGAAUCCUGGAUUCGGUGUAUCCCAAUGUAAAAUAUAGAGAUAUUACAAAUCACCAAGGCCUCCUGCUUUGAUACAGAUCAUGAAACUUCUAAUAUCCUCGUAUUUGACAAUAGGGGGCACUUUAUUCAUUAUAAUAUACACGUUUUAGAGAGUCAUGUGACAGAAAUUAUAACUGAUGACAUCACUAAGCACCAUUUAUAAGGAUAUCAUUUCCCAUAGGGAAACGACCAAACUGUGUAUUAUAAUUACAUUACACACGGUAAUUAUUUCCCGUAAGGGUUACAAUAAUUGUACAAUAAGUGAUAUACAGUAUAUCCUUAUUACUGGAUCACGGAAAGAACCAGAAGCUUCACAUCAUACUAUAUACCCAGCAAACAGUUCCGGAUUUGAAUAAUCAUCGCUGGUGAUUUCCAUAAGAAGUGUCAGCUUUCGGGGAGUAUUGGCUGCUCCAUAGCAAAUCUAAACCUGCCCUCAGCCAACCUGACCCUAGGGUCAGAAGCAAAUAGCUGGUAUUGGAUAAACAAUCGUGUUAGUGAAUUUGUGUGCCACAGAAAUACUUUUGCAUUGACAUUUGUUUAAAAAAAAUAAUGGAUACUUUUA